GAGUUUGAACCAGUUUUGCAGUGAGCCGUCGAAAGAAUGGGGCCGGCGGAUCCAUUGACGAAGCCCGGUUUUAACUAUUCGAUCCACUACGAGUGGUACAACUUAGACGGUGGUGUUUCUCUUAACAAUUCCGUCCGGGUGAUUUGGACAGAGGCGGAAAGCCGUGCCGUGUGCGAAAUGUUGCCAAAAGAAAGUGUAGACGAGUAUCCGGAAUAUACCAUUGCCGACGAUCUGCUCGUUUACGACCAUUUGAUACACAACAUCGUUCAAAUCGUCUCGUUCGCCUCGUUAGUGCUAUGGCUCGCCAAAGUCCACAGCAAGAAGUUUGCAAGAGGAUUUUCCGUGACGCGUGUUCGACUAAAAAAGUGCGAUUUUGGACAUAGUGAACCGAAAGCUUUUAGUUUCGUUCCAACGCAGGAGGAACCGUCUCAACGAGCGUCCAGCCAGACGCCUCCGCCUCCACUGCCUCCUCCGCCCUCACAGCAGUCGAAAAAACGAUCUUUCUUCAAGAAAAAAAUCGUAGUCGAAAGAAGAUGCGUUUCCGCUAUCGCUGUACUUCUUCCUCAUCGAAGCUCGGAACCGAGAGAGCAGAGCUACAGCGGAGAUCUUGCCGAUGAGUCGGAUACUCCGAGCGAUCAGCAGGAAGAUUCUGCAGAUUAUCUACCCGGUGGAUACCACCGGGUUCAAAUCGGUGACCUUUACGAAAAGCGUUACUACGUGUUAAAGAAAUUAGGUUGGGGACAUUUCUCGACGGUCUGGUUUGCAUGGGACUUGAGGGAGAAGAGAUUCGUAGCAUUGAAGAUAGUCAAAAGCGCACCACAAUAUUCAGACACGGCUAUGGACGAAAUCCGCCUCCUGACGGCAGUUCACACAACAGACCCAGAUGAUGUAAGUCGGAAGACAAUUGUCGAAAUGUACGACAAUUUUAUUAUAUCCGGAGAGUACGGAGAUCACAUCUGCAUGGUUUUUGAGGUUUUGGGUGACAAUUUGCUCAAAAUUAUUAUUGACCACAAGUAUCAAGGUGUACCUAUUAAGCUUGUAAAGAAUAUAAUUAAACAGGUUCUACAGGCUUUGAAAUAUUUACACGAAAAAUGUAGAAUAAUUCAUACUGACAUUAAACCAGAAAAUGUUUUACUUUGUGUAGACAAUAACUAUUUGUUAAAAUUAGCAGCUGAAGCUACGAAAUUCCAUGGGCUUCAUACUCCUCUGCCAAUGUACAUAGAAUUAAAUAGAGUAAAGAAUGAUGAAGAUUCUGACAAUAAGAAUAAAGAUGUUAAGAAUGAUGAUUUAUUAUACAAUUUGUACCUUCAAAAUAACUCGUUUAACAAAAAUCAAUCUAAAACCCCAGUUAGGCAAGAUAGUUGUGAAAAGGGUAAAGAGCAAAAGACUGCUUUAUCCUGCGAUUACUCUAAAAAUGAAAUGCUAGUGAAAAUAGCUGAUUUGGGAAACAGUUGUUGGAUUGACCACCAUUUUUGUGAAGCGAUCCAAACUAGGCAAUACAGGAGUCUAGAGGUCAUAAUUGGUGCGGGUUAUGGAACUGCAGCUGAUAUAUGGAGUACAGCUUGCUUGGCAUUUGAAUUAGCCACAGGAGACUAUUUAUUUGAACCCCAAGCCAAUCAGGACUACACCAGAGAUGAAGACCAUUUGGCUCACAUAAUUGAGCUGUUAGGACCAAUUCCAAGAUAUAUUAUUAACUCAGGAAAAUAUUCUGACCAAUUUUUCAAAUUAUCUGGAGAAUUGCUGCACAUAGAUAGUUUGAAACCAUGGUGCUUAUAUGAAGUUUUGACUGAAAAAUAUCAUUGGAGUCGACAAGAGGCUCUAUCGUUUUCAGCAUUUCUUUCGCCUAUGCUAGCAUUUGACCCUGAGCAGAGGGCAACUGCAAGUUCUUGCUUAAAUCAUGAAUGGUUAAAUUCAUGAUUACUAAAUAUGUUUAAACAUAUCAAAUUUAACCAAUAUUGGAACAAUGUUGUUAAUCAAUGUGAUGGAUUAUACCAUUUUUAAAUAAUGUAAAUUAAAACUUUAAAAAAAAAUUAAAAAAUAUAUAUAUUAUUGGGUAAAUGUAUAAAAAAUACAAAAGAUUUUCAUACUUUGUCAUUAAUAAUCUUAGUUACAAAGGAAAAUGUAAGUAUAUUGUUUGGCAUACUGUGGUAAUGAGUUUAUAUUCUGUAAUUAAACCUGCCAUAACUUAACUAUUGCGAACCUAGUUCCAAGUUGACUAACAGUAAGUCUAAUGAAAUUGUCAUCUCAAACUUAGAUUUACGUAUAAAAAAUGUGUAUACAUUCGCAUACACCCUAUACACUACUGUAACAAAACGGUUUUGUAAAAAUAGAUUAUUUUAACAAUU